AGCCCAGCGCCGCCAUUACUACCAGACGCGCACUCAGCCACCCGCCUCCGUUCCCGUAACCGGGGCAACCGCGGCGCUUCCCCGGUGUGGGCAGAGAUCGUCUCUCCGCGCCAUUUUCAAACUGCGCUAGCGCCGGCUCGGGUGGCCGGAGUGGAAGGAGCCAAAGAGGACGGCGAGCCCCUAGGGCGAUGCGUCGCAGGCGGGAGCGGCGGCGGGAGCUGCGACCUGGGAUGUUCCUGGAAAAGUAAGACGCGGCAGCUUUAAGUCAUCCACCCUCCAGGGUUAAGUACACAGCCGUAUUCUAACCUGGUGGGAGUCUCCGAACCUAACCUCUUCUGUUGUCGAGGACUUUACUUUUUGAAAGUGAAUAAGUCUGGUUUUAGAAGACAAGAUGACUACAGCUGCAGAAAGAAAGUAUAUUAAUAUUAGAAAAAGAUUAGACCAGUUGGGCUACCGCCAGACUCUUACAGUGGAGUGUUUGCCUUUGGUGGAAAAACUUUUCAGUGAUUUGGUUCAUACAACAGAAAGCCUUCGACAAACAAAAUUAUCCUCUGUAAAGGCUGAAAAAGAAAGUGCCAAUUUUGAUUUUGUUUUGGAACCUUAUAAACUUGAAAAUGCAAGACUCGGUAAGGAGAAUAAUGAGUUAUAUCUGGAGUUAAUGAAGCUGAGAGAAUACUCAGAGCAACACAUCAAAGAGGUGAAGGCUACAUUGAAGAGGUCUGCACGUGAAACAGCUGAUCUGAGAUUUCUAAAUAACCAGUAUAUUCAUAAGCUCAAACUUUUGGAGAAGGAAAGCAAGGCUAAGAAUGAAAAAAUUCAACAACUUCAAGAAAAGAACUUGCAAGCUGUGGUCCAAACUCCUGGUGGCAAAAAAAGAAGCAUUGCUUUUAGGCGUCAGCGUAUGCAAAUUGAUGAGCCAGCACCUCCCUCUGAAGUCAGUUCUUACCCAGUUCCCCAGCCAGAAGACCCCUACAUUGCAGACCUCCUGCAGGUGGCUGAUAACAGAAUUCAAGAACUUCAGGAGGAAGUCUGCCAGCUACAAGAAAAAUUAGCAUCGAUGGAAAGUAGACUACAGGACUACAGCAAGCAGAUUGAACUGAGAGAACGAGAAAUAGAGAGGCUGUCGGUUGCUCUGGAUGGUGGUCGUUCCCCUGAUGUCCUGUCUCUGGAGACCAGAAAUAAAACCAAUGAAAAGCUUAUUGCCCACUUAAAUAUUCAGGUUGACUUUCUUCAGCAAGCUAAUAAAGACUUGGAGAAACAUAUUCAAGAGCUUAUGGAAACCAAGGAAACAGUGACCGCUGAAGUUGUGAAUUUAAGCCGUAAAAAUGAAAAAUUCUGCCAGGAAUUGACCGAAAUAGACCAGUUAGCACAGCAGUUGGAAAGACAUAAAGAUGAAGUGCUUGAGACUGCUGAUAAAGAGCUUGGGGAAGCAAAGGAAGAGAUUAAAAGAAACCUCUGUGAGAUGCGGAAUCUUGAGGAAAAAAUGGCAAAACUUCAACUGGAAUUAGACUUAUGCCAGAAGGAAAAGGAGAGACUGAGUGAGGAACUCCUUCUAAAAUCAGACCUGGAGACUGUUGUUCAUCAGCUUGACUACGAAAAGCAGAGACUUACCAAAAAAUUGGAAAGUUUUACAGUUAUAGAAAGAGAACUUACUUUGGAAGUUGAGAGGAUGAGGCUAGAACAUGGAAUCAAACGUCGAGACAAGUCCCCUUCUCGUUUAGACACAUUUCUGAAAAGUAUAGAAGCAGAACGCGAUUACUACAAGAAAGAGCUAGAAAGACUCCAGCAUGUAAUACGGCGAAGAUCUUGCUCUACAAAUUAUUGUGCACGUGAAAAAAUCCCAAUAUUUAAAUCACCAGAAAAGGGUGGUUUCAAUUCAGAUAUUCAUCUGGUCACAAGAGAAAGAGAUGAACUUCAGCGCAUGCUAGAAAGAUUUGAAAAAUAUAUGGAAGAUAUACAGUCCAAUGUUAAAUUACUGACAGCAGAAAGAGAUAAACUAAGUGUCUUAUAUAAUGAAGCUCAGGAAGAGUUAUCUGCACUAAGGCAGGAAUCCACAUGUGCUGCAGUCCCCAGCAAUCUUGUUAGUUGUGUGGAAAAGGAAAAGGAACUUGCAUUAUCUGACCUAAGAAGAAUUAUGGCAGAAAAGGAAGCUUUAAGAGAAAAGUUAAAAAAUGUCCAGGAAAUGAAUAUUUUUGGAAAAUCUGAAUUAGAAAAAACUAUUGAGCAUUUGACAUCCAUUAAUCAUCAGCUUGAAAGUGAAAAAUAUGAAUUGCAGUCUAAAAUACUAAUAAUGAAAGAAACAAUAGAGUCAUUAGAAAACAAAUCAAAACUCCAAGCUCAAAAACUUAGCCACAUGGCUGGUGACUCAUCUCAUCAGAAAACAGAAAUGAACUCUAUUAGGACAGUAAAUGACCAGCUCCAGCGGUCACUGGAUGACUGUCAGCACCAGCUUUCAGUAAAAAGAGAUGAACUUGAGUCAGCCCAAGAACAAAUUAAAAUAUUGGAGGAAAGCAUAGAUAAACUAAAACUUAAUAUGAUGUCACAGAAUGAAGCCGCUCAUGCAAUGAAAAAGACCAUUGCUGUCAUUGACAAAGAGAAGGACUUUCUCCAGGAGACGGUAGAUGAGAAGACAGAAAAGAUUGCAAACUUGCAAGAAAGCCUAGCUAAUAAAGAAAAAGCUAUUGCUCAGAUGAAGGUCACGGUCUCAGAGUAUGAAUUAUCUUUAAACCAGCUAAAGGAAACAUUGACUAAUCGAGAUCGAGAGAUAAGCAGCCUCCAGCGCCAACUGGAUGCAGCUCACAAAGAACUUGAGGAAGUUGGAAAAUCUAGAGAGAUCUCUUUUAAGGAGAACAGAAGGUUACAAGAUGAUCUGGCUACAGUGGCAAGGGAAAACCAGGAAAUCUCGUUGGAAUUAGAAGCAGCAGUGCAGGAGAAAGAAGAAAUGAAGAGUCGAGUUCAUAAUUACAUAACUGAGGUGUCGCGAUGGGAGAGCUUAAUGGCUGCUAAGGAGAAAGAAAACCAGAAUUUAUUAGAUCGAUUUCAGAUGCUUCAUAACCGCGCUGAAGACUGGGAGGUCAAAGCCCACCAAGCUGAGGGAGAAAGCAGCUCAGUUCGACUAGAGCUUCUUUCCAUUGACACAGAGAGAAGAUACCUUCGAGAAAGAGUGGAACUACUGGAAAAAGAAAUCCAGGAGCACAUAAAUGCACAUCAUGCUUAUGAAUCUCAGAUCUCAUCAAUGGCAAAAGCCAUGUCUCAGUUAGAAGAAGAGCUGAGACACCAUGAAGAGGAGAAAACAGCAGUGUUGAAUGACCUGUCAUCCGUCCGAGAACUUUGCAUUAAGCUUGAUUCAGGCAAAGAUGUUAUGACCCAACAGAUGAAUUCCAAAAGCCUUGAGCUGGAAAGAGCGGUAGCAGAAUUAGAAAAUGUAAAAUCAGAAUCAGAGCUGUUAAAGAAACAACUGUCAAGUGAGAGACAGACGAUUAAAAAUCUUGAGUCCUUGUUGGCUACAAACAGAGAUAAAGAAUUUCAUUCUCAUUUAACCUCCCAUGAGAAGGAUACAGAAAUUCAGCUACUUAAGGAGAAGUUAACCCUUUCAGAAAGCAAAUUAACUAGCCAAAGCCGGGAAACCUCCAUGCUUCGAACUAAAGUGACACAAUUGCAGACAGAUUAUGAUAAUCUGAAAAGACAGAUUUCAGCUGAAAGAUAUGAACGAGAGCGAGCAAUCCAAGAGCUGCGCCGGCAUGGUCUUCCAAACCCAUCCCUGAGUUCUUCUCUCAAGUCUCCUUUACAGUCUCCUGAACAUAUGAAUGCAUAGUUAUCAGAAAGAAAAAUGAUUUUUCCAUGAGUUCCUCCGUGGAUUUUUAAAGAACACAAGAGUAAUGAAAUAUUUGAAAUACUUCUUCCUGCAAAUCAUGAACAUUGACACAAAUUCUACCUCUGUCAACGUUUAUUUAAAUCAGUGAAUAUGUAAAUAUAUUUAGUUUAAAAGUGCUCCACAUGUAUAUUUCCAUGUAUAUGAUGAACUAAAUAUGUAUUAAUAGUGAUUGACUGAUGUGAUAUUUGUUUUUUUAAUAUUCCUGACUAAAAUUACUCCUUGAAAUGUGUUUAUACUGUGAAUUCACAAAAUAUGAUCACAUUAUGUUUUAAUAAUCUGUUUCUUAAUGAGCCAUAAUAUAUACAUGUAAAUACCCUUCCAGUACUUAACUGUGUUUGGUUUUCAUACCUUUGUUUAUGACCCAUACCUUAAUGUAUUUGCAAAGAACGAUCAACUCUGAUGCUUUGCUGUCAUACUUUUUCUUCUCAGUGUAAAAUUAAUCACAGAUUUGCUCUCUUAUCAAGGUGAAUAUAUUUAAAACUAGUCUUAAUAGCAGAGCUCUUGAUAAACUAUCAUCAUGUGUACUUAAGUAUUACCAACUAGGUGAGAAAGAUGCAUUUGUCUCUGAUUCGCACUAUUGUAUUAUUUUGGCCGUCACACACCAGCUUUUUGCAUGCUAUAUUUUAUUAGAAUGAAGCUAAAAUAUAUUCAGUUUUGUAAAACUAUAGAUACAACAGAAAUUUGAGACUUUUUUCAAUAAUUCUUCAGUGUAUUAGUGUAAGAUUUCAGAAUGUAAAAAUAAAUGAGGUAAAUAUUUUUGUUAAAAUUACAACACGAGGGUCUGGAGCAAUGGCUCACCGGUUAAGAACACUGGCUGUUCUUGCAGAAGAUCCGGGUUCGAAUCUCAGCACCCACAUGGCAGCUAACAACUGUCCAUAACUCCAGUUCCAAGGGAUCCUACAGCCUCUUCUGACCUCUGCGGGCAUUGCACGACAUGGGUGCACUUACCUACAUGCAGGCAAUACACACAUACACGUAAAAAUAAUAAAAUAUUUUUUAAAAAAAUUACAACAUGCAUCUGAUAAUACCUAUUUUUGGCUUUUAAUCUUGUAUAACUUGCUAGUCUUUCAGAAUAGUAGUAACCCUGUCCCUGUGGCAUCUAAAUAAAAAAAUGGCCUUUUACAAUUCGGUUUCAAGGUUGCAGUUAUAAAGGACUUAGGCGUAUGUACACAUUAAGAAAAGAAGUAUAAAACAAUGUCAUAUACAAAUAGCGAUCAUGUUUAAACUGUUCACAGUCAAAGAAAACCCUAUUUUAUUAGAUUUCAUUAUGAUUGAAAAGCACUUAAAAA